AACAAAUUCUUGUCGAACUUGGGACGUUUUUAUGCACAGCGUCUACGCAUCGAGCUCAUCAAACUAAUUUUAAAUCCUCGAAAUCGGAUCUUAACCCGACCCGCGAUAGUGACGCGUUUACAAUUUCCCUCCAAAUCUCCAACAUUCAAACCUCAUCCCAAACUCACCUUUUAGUUGUUUUUUUUCCUCUCUUUUUCGAUUUUUUUUUCCCUCGUCCUCCUAUGCUCAAACUCAAAGAUCCCUCAAUCUUAGCUCAACUCAUCAAAUCCUACACCCUCUCCUCCAAUCUCCGGAAUGGCAAACAGCUCCAUGCCCAUCUCAUCGCCGCCGGCGGCAUCCCCUCCACCUUCAUCUCCAACCACCUCCUCAACAUGUACGCCAAAUGCGGUGAUAUCACCGCUGCCAUCUCCCUGUUUGAUGAAAUGCCUCAACGAAACCUCAUCACUUGGACCGCUCUAAUCUCCGGCCUCUCCCAAAACAGAAACUUCUCCGAAGCUCUGCAAACUUUUUCUUUGAUGCAUUCGUGCAGUUUUAGACCGACCCAAUUCGCGCUUUCGAGUUCCAUUCAGGCGGUGGCGGCGUUGGGAGAGGUGAGGUUUGGAAGGGAGUUGCAUUGUUUGAGUUUGAAGUUGGGUUUUGACGUUGAGUUGUUUGUAGGGAGUAAUCUUGCUGAUAUGUACUCGAAAUGUGGGUGCUUGGUUGAUGCUUAUAGGGUGUUUGAGGAAAUGCCGUUUAAAGAUGAGGUGUCAUGGACUUCGAUGAUUGAUGGGUAUGCUAAGCAUGGUGAUUUGGAUAAAGCACUUGUCGCUUUUAAGGAUUUGAUGAGAGAAGGGGAUACCAUAGUUGAUCAGCAUGUCUUUUGUAGUGUUCUUAGUGCUUGUGGAGGACUAAAGGCUUGUAAGCAAGGGAGAUCUGUUCAUUGUCUAGUAUUGAAAAUGGGUUUUGCGCUUGGUUGUGAGGGAGUAAUUGGUAAUGCUCUUGUUGAUAUGUACUCGAAGAAUGGUGACAUGGAGAGCGCGUUGAAUGUGGCACAUUUGGAUUCGAUGGUUUGGAAUGUGAUUUCCUGCAGUUCUUUGAUUGAUGGGUAUAUCGAAAAAGAGCAGACUAACGAGGCUUUAAUGAUAUUUGUCGAGGCUAGGAGACAUGAAAUUGAGCCUAAUGAGUUCACAUUUUCGAGCUUGAUUAAGGGAUGUUCAGGCCAAGCAAUGCUAGAACAAGGGGCUCAACUCCAUGCGCAAAUCAUCAAAACUAGCUUUGCUUUUGAUUCUUUUGUUUUGACAGCUCUUGUUGAUAUGUAUGGCAAAUGUGGGCUUCUUAGUUCUUCCGUUCAAAUGUUUGAAAAGAUCAAGAACCCAGAUGUUUUUGCUUGGAAUUCGAUUAUAGGUGUGCUUGCACAACACGGGCAAGGAAAAGAAGCUCUACAAAUGUUUAAACAAAUGGUAUUGAAAGAAAUUAAACCAGACAAUAUCACAUUUUUCAACCUUCUGAGGGCUUGUAGCCAUUCAGGACUAGUAGAUGAGGGAUUGGAGUACUUUGAUUCAAUGCUCAAAAUUUAUGGCAUUGAACCGAGACAAGAACACUACUCUCAUGUCAUAGAUUUGCUAGGGCGAGCUGGUAAGCUCAAAGAAGCUGAAGAAUUCAUUCACAAAAUGCCAUUCGAGCCAAGUGCAUUCGCUUGGUGUUCUUUGCUUGGAGCAUGUAAAACUCAUAGAGCUACAGAAUUGGGCGAGAUUGCAGCGAAGAAACUGAUGGAGCUCGAGCCAGAGAAUAGUGGGAGUCAUGUACUUAUGUCCAAUAUUUAUGCCUCGGUUGGUCAAUGGGAGGAUGUGAAGGCGACGAGGAAGUUGAUGAGAGAUGCUGGAGUUAAAAAAAUUCCAGGGUUUAGCUGGGUUGAUAUCGAUAAGAAAACGCAUGUAUUUGGCGUUGAGGAUUGGUCGCAUCCAGAGAAGGAAGAGAUCGAUAAAAAGCUCGAAGAUCUCUUGAUACGAAUAAGAGAAGAAGGGUAUGUUCCUCUGUUAGAAUUAGUGACGUCUAACGUGGAGGACAGUGUGAAGGAGAGAAUGUUGCAUUAUCAUAGUGAGAGGAUUGCUAUUGCAUUUGCUCUCACUAAGAGUCCAGCAUCAAAGCCUAUCAUUGUGAAGAAGAAUUUGAGGGUUUGUGUGGAUUGUCAUUCUGCAAUCAAGUUUAUUUCAAAGGUUGAAGGGAGGGAGAUUAUAGUGAGGGAUAAUGCUAGGUUCCAUCAUUUUGCUAAUGGGUUUUGUUCUUGUGGAGAUUACUGGUGAAGUAGCUUUUGGCAUAAUUUUGAUUGCAUUGCUAGAAGCUUGAAUCUUAGCGCAGAUCACAAGAUUUAAUUACUGUAACUUAUAUAAAUUUUGAGGUACAUUUUGAAUGCAAUAGUUUGUUCUAUCAUUGUAUUUAGUUGAAUAAUGCAGAGCUUAGCUUAAGUUAAAAGAUAAUUUGUUCCAUCAUUGUAAUUC